AAGGGCACCCAGACAAAUAAUUCUACUUCUUGCUGGGAUCCUGCCACUGUGGAGAGCCGGAGAAUAAGGGGAGCAAACCUCGGAAGAAUGUCUGGAGGCCAAAGAAAGAGGCGGGUUGGAAUUGUGGGCUACGGACAUCUCGGCCAGUACUUGGUGAAACGGCUCCAAGACGACGGCCUCCAGCAUGGCUUGGAGCUGGCCUUUGUUUGGAACCGGGACGCUGGGAAGUUGGAGCAGACGGUGCCGGCGGAGCUGCGGCUGGGGAAGCUCUCCGGUUUCUUGGAGCGCCGUGCUGACAUUGUUAUCGAAGUGGCACAUCCGUGCAUUGCCCAGAACUAUGGGGAGUCCUUUCUCCAAGCUGCGGAUUUCAUGGUGGGGUCACCAACAGCCCUGGCAGAUCUAGGUACAGAGCUGAAACUCCGCAAAGCUGGAAGACAGUCUGGACACACCCUCUACAUACCCAGUGGGGCUCUGUGGGGUGGCCAAGACAUCCAGAGGCUGGACGACGCUGGGAUGCUUCAGGCAUUAACAGUCACCAUGGUGAAACACCCUGAUAGCUUCCGGCUAGCUGGGCACCUAGGGGAGCUUGCCAAAGGAGCCUGGCAGGAGCGUGUGGUGCUGUACAAUGGCCCCGUGCGGAGGCUGUGCCCUCUGGCCCCCAACAACGUCAACACCAUGGCAGCUGCCUGUAUGGCCGCCCCUAGCCUGGGCUUUGAUGGUGUAAAAGGCUGCCUUGUAGCUGAUCCUAAUAUGCCAAGGUCACGGAGGUCGAGUCUAUCUCUGCUGAGCUUUAAGGUGCCUGUUUUCAAGAGGAUACGUGGAGGAUGUCUGUUGGUGCCGGAGGUUCAAUUACAGGGUGCACAGAAUGCAGGGAAAGGCAGCAACAAUUGAGCAAAGGAGACAUAUCUGUCCUUCCCGCCCUCCAUGCUUUCAGUCUAGCAACAAUAGAAACAUUGAGCUAGCAAUGCCUAGAGCUUCACCUCUGUCUCUUUCCGUAACUCAGCGUUCCUCAACCUGGUGCCCUCCAGAUAUGUCAGACUACAACUCCCAUUAUCCCAGCCACCAUGGUCAGGGACAAUUAGAGUUUGUUUGUUGGAUAAGUGUAUGUAACACCCAACUGACAGAUGUCCUUGGAGCAGUUUACAAUCAUAAACUUAAACGAAAACAUCUCCGAAACAAUAAAUGCAACAAUAAAAAUAUUUUUAAA